AUUUAACCCAAAUAAUUACAAACAAGCACAUUUCUCUGCGUAAACACGGAUCAUAUGAUUUCGUAUUGAUUUUGCCGAAAAUAAUUAGAAAUUGGUGGAAAUAUCAAUGGAUCACUCACAAAACUGAGUAGAACUAUUGUGUAAUUAUUCAUCAAAAGCUCGAUGUCCACACAAUCCAAGACAAUGCCGAAGAUAGACCUAAAAAUGUAUGUGCGCGUGGUGGCUGCGGUAUUUUCGAUUUCAUCGGCAACUGCAUUCGUGAUGGCACUCUUACGCCUGCUAAACCCAGAGCUGUAUUACUUAGAGCCUUUAGAAGGAACUAACUUGGCCAUCCACUACUUCAUAUCGGGUCUUAUGGUGGUCACAUCAGCUAUAGGAUUCCUGAACAGUUGCAUUGUAAUGAACCGGUCAGCUGCACAAAAUGUUGGGCGGAACAUCACCACUUGGCUGCUCCUUGACUCAUUGUUCGAAACCAGUCGAGUGUUAUAUGUGUUUAUCUGCGAGAUCAUCCUAAAAGGAAAAGGAAUACUGCAGCUGUAUGAGCUGCUUAUCAGUGCUGCGCAAUAUUUGCUGGACAGCUUUCUCUACUGUCAAAUGAUUUUGAAACACUAGUACAAGGCGAUACCGCGUAUUUACACGUAUUAUUUAGCAUUAAACCAUCCAUAGGAUGUACCUACAUGAAUUACCCUAUUUUGGGGAGAGUAUAAACUUUGAGUGCUAUAACGUCGUAUUGGUUUAUUUUGACCAGUUUACACGGAACCGUUAGCUUUAUUAUUCAAUAAUAGCGCUAGUGCAGGUAUCUUUACUCUGGAACGUGCCCGAUAGAUCUGAUGAUAGAAGCCAACUAGUAUUAUUAUAAUUAUUUAAAAUAAAAAGGGUAGAUCUAGACAGCACUUCUCUCGCCUAUUAUGAGUCGAUACAAACUCAAAUGGCUUUGGAUGAUUCCGCAUAAAAGUGAAAGUUUUGAAUGAGUCACUUUGGAGAAAAUACAUAGUAAAAUUGAAAACAUACACUGAUUUAGUAUACAGUUUGAAAACACGAUUUCUAAAAAUUUUCAUGAUAAAAGAAAAUAAACUGACCUCGAAAUUUUACAAGAAAC